UUUCCCCUUUCGUAGACUUUUUCUUCUUUCCUUAAGCUUCGUAAAAAAAAAAAAAAAAAAAAAAAACUUUUUUGUUUGUUUCUUUGUUUCUCAACCCAACCCCUUUUCAUACCCAAAUCCCUCAUUUCCUCGAACAUUGUCCCGUUUUGCUUGUCAAUUUGUCUUUGUAUUUAAUGUUUUUCUUACUACUUGGCUCUGUUUACUGUUUCUAUACUUCUAAUUUUUAAUCUUUUUCAAGGGGUUUUUUUUUUUGAAAUGGGUUUUUUGGUUGGUGAGCUGAAUUUUAGCUGCCCUGUAUUGACUUCCCCUAGAUCAUGGCCACCUCGUCGUGUUCUUCAAUGUUCUCAAAACCCUUCUCUGGAUCCUCUUUUUCUCUUCUUUAACCUCCUCAAUAUUCAUAUUUUUGCUGAUUUGCAAGUUUGGACUUAUGUGAAAGAGAGGGGAACUUGGUUUUGGAGGAGACUAUGAAGUGUUUUUAUUUCUUCAACAAUGAGAGAACUGUUGAGACAAGGACAACUACAGAAUCGAAUUCGAUUCUUUCGUGUACUUCUAACUCUACGUCGAUGAAUCAAGAUUUUAAGAUGUUUGACUCAGCUGAUUUAAAUUCUCAAAAUGUAUCAGAGAUGAGUGUGGCAUCUUCUGCUAUAUCAUUUGCAGCUUUGUCUCAAAGACAGAGUAAUCUUAGGGAGUUCACAUUCUCGGAUUUGAAAGCAGCCACAAAGAAUUUUAGCCGCUCGCUUAUGAUCGGAGAAGGAGGAUUUGGUAGUGUGUAUAGGGGCGCUAUCCGAAACUCAGAAGAUCCACAUAAAAGAAUAGACAUUGCUGUUAAGCAAUUAAGCAGAAGAGGAUUGCAGGGUCACAAGGAAUGGGUGACAGAGGUGAACUUUUUAGGCGUUGUCGAACAUCCAAAUCUUGUCAAAUUACUAGGCUACUGUGCUGAGGAUGAUGAAAGGGGGAUCCAGCGAUUACUCGUAUACGAAUAUAUGCCUAACAGGAGUGUGCAAGAUCACUUAUCAAGCAGGUUUAACAGUUCUCUUCCGUGGGCAAUAAGAAUGAAAAUAGCCCAGGAUACAGCUCGUGGUCUGGCAUAUCUUCAUGAAGGAAUGGAUUUCCAGAUAAUAUUUAGGGAUUUCAAGUCUUCAAAUAUACUAUUGGAUGACCAAUGGAAUGCCAAGUUGUCUGAUUUUGGAUUAGCCAGGCUUGGGCCUUCGGACGGAUUAAGUCACGUCUCGACAGCGAUUGUAGGAACAAUUGGAUAUGCAGCUCCUGAAUACCUUCAAACAGGAAGACUGACUGCCAAAAUUGAUGUAUGGAGCUAUGGAGUAUUCCUAUAUGAACUGAUUACCGGUAGGCGUCCCCUAGAUAGGAACCGUCCUAAAGGCGAGCAAAAGCUCUUGGAAUGGGUGAGACCACACCUAUCUGACUUAAAGAAGUUUGAGCUCAUACUCGACCCAAGACUUGGAGGUAAAUACUCCACAAAAGCUGCCUAUAAACUAGCUGCUGUAGCUAGCCGGUGUUUGGUUCGGAAGGCUGCGGCACGUCCCAAAAUGAGUGAAGUUUUGGAGAUGGUAAAUCGGAUUGUGGAUGGGGUCAAUCUUGAGAGCCCUCUGAUUCCAGAAAAGAGCUCAACUUCAAACAACGAUUUUGAAGGAUCAAAAAGUGGAUCUUUGAGAAAAAGGAUUAUGAAUCCAUUUAUUGGAGAGAAUGGUUGUUUGAUUUGCCUAUCGUGGAGACCAAAAGUUGUGAGAACUUGUUGAACAAAGAAUGAUAGUGAGGUUUUUCUCUUAACCUUUUUUAAAAGGAAAUUUACUUGUGUAAAGAAUUACUUCUUCUUUUAACUGUUGAAUCAAGUACAGUAGUUUUGAUUGUGGAAAGAGUUAAAUCAAUCGUGGUGGUAAUUUGAGUGAA